GUUGUCUCGAACGUGAAAGUUGUUUGUUUACGAUAUUUUCACGUGUCGAGGACGUGUCAUCCAACGGGUGCGGCGGCCAGCGCUACCUGAUAUCGGCUCACAAUGAAAGAGCAGCUCGCGAUACUGUCCCUGCUUAUCGGAUCAACCUGUGCCGGCCUGGCGCGGGUGGCACCACCGGCCGAAAUUGGCACCAGCACGCAGUUCCGGAACGAGGACGGCUGGGGCAACUACAACUUCGGCUACGACGAAGACCACACGUCCGGCGGCUCGUUCCGGCGCGAGACCGGCACUGCGCUGGGCGCCAAGACGGGCUCGUAUGGCCUGCGCGACGCUGACGGUCGCGUGCGCGUCGUCAGCUACGUGGCCGACGAGCUGGGCUUCCGAGCGUCGAUCUCCACCAACGAGCCCGGAACCGCACCAUCGACGCCUGCCGACGUCACUAUAGGCGCUAUGGAACAAGGGCCAGUGGCACCAGCAGUACCAGUAGCUUCACCGGCUCCAGCUGGCUACGGUGCUCCGGCACGCGUCGCUUUCAAUGCGGCACCCGCUGCUCGCCCGGCCUACUCUUCGCCGGCGCCAAUCGCUCCACUCUCCUACGGUGCGCCGUCACCCUUCGCCUUCAAGUCGGCACCCGUGGGUCCACCGUCGUACGCUGCCCCCUCACCAUUCGCGGCCAAAGCCGGGCCCGUUGGGCCGGCGUCCUAUGGUGGCCUGGCACCAGCACCCUUCAGGUCAUCCCCUGCUGGACCAGCCUCCUACGGGAAUCUGGCACCAGCACCAUUCGGGGCAUCACCUGCUGGACCAGCAUCCUACGGUAAUCUGGCGCCAGCACCCUUCGGGGCAUCGCCUGCUAGACCAGCGCCCUACGGUAACCUGGCACCAGCACCCUUCGGGGCAUCGCCUGUAGCGCCCGCGGCCCACGGGCCUCCGGCUCCCGCUACUUACAAGGCGGCACCGUUUGCUCCCACUGGUUAUGGACCAUCCGCGCCUGCAGCGUCACCUUUUGGCGCUCCCGUGAGGCCCUUAUCCGGUGCUGGUGCAGUUGCGACGCCGGUUGGCCACCACUAUGUCUACAGACAGGACAACUUUGUGACCAUCCCCGAUGCUGGGAGGCCGUACGCAGCGCAGCCAUCGCCGCACGCCUAUCCCGGGGCGUACUCCUCUCCGCACGCGGGACCUGCGGCUCACGUGACCACGUCGCACGCCUACGGCCACAAGAUUGCGCACCCGCUAGGCGGAGGUUACCACAGUUACAUGACCUGGUGAAAUAAAUUACGCGGUUGAUCGUCCAACGGCGAAACGUCGAUUGCGGGUUGUGUAGGACCAGGGAGGGUACCUCGGCGAAUCGUCGAUUACAAGCGAACAAGAAGACCUUGCGGGUUUUACAGGGCUAGGGAGGCUACCUCGAAAGCGAUAAAGUCAUUAGUGUGCUAGAAACUGUGUCAGAAGCAUUGUAAGUCUCGCGGCAUGUGACUGUUAAUGCCUUUUUUUUUUAGAUUGUUAUUUCGAGAGCUUAGUGGAGCGAAGUGACGGCGCCCCCAUCCCCAAGUUUUAGCGGUCAAAUACUCAGCGAUACCGAUUGCUUUACUUGGAGAAAUGCGGAGGAAGUAAAGCUACGAGGCAUCAUAAAAGACUUUUCAUGCGCUAGAGACAUAAGUGUAUAAGAAACUCCUGAUGUGAAAUUCUGCAUGUGCAUUUGUUGCUUUCCCGUUUUCUUUGUUUCUUUUUAUCUCCACCACCCGCCCCCCCCCCCUUUUUUUUUUAAGUGGCUCGCGCAGAACAAAAUAAAUAAAUAAAUAAACAGAUAUUUCAACAUUACGCACAAAAAAAGCCGACAGACAAUGCACUUCUACCCAUCCCACCGGAAACGGAAAUUAAUGGGGCGAAAGCCUGUAUAACGAAUACGGAAGAAGAUAGCGCCGCCAAUUUGGUGUUGCAAGUUCAUUAACAGCUCAGUAACAGCGCAAUUUCACCUAACUUACAACACAUAAUAAAGUCUGCUUCCUUUUUUUUUUCUUGCAGUGUUUAUCUCUCUCUCUCUCUCUCUCUGUUUAAUAAAAUUACGACAGCUUUACAAGCCUACUUGUGAGUGUGGAAUUGGUGGUAGCAUAGAACCAUAUAGUCAAUUGUGAGUCCAAGCAUUUCGCAAAGAUGUCUCAGUUUAGUUAGAAAAGUUCAGUCAUGAAACAGAAUCGCAGAGAAGGGACAAACCAUCGACUUGCAUCGUCCACUGCCAAUUCCGAAAAACGGAAUGUACUGGGGGACGCGAAGUGAAUUACAAUAAAACACCAUAAACAAAAAAGCGUAUUUGUUUCAUUGAAAAAAAAAACUUUAUUUUUUCGGCGAACUUGGCGCACUAUAUAUGAUCACACGGAGUACUUUCAUUAUUGCAUUUUGAUAUGUUGUUUCAACCUCAAUUUGUCUUUUAUACCACAAUGGGGGAUUAAACCAGACUCGGGUGGAUGAAUCUAUCGGAUGCAGAAAUUAAAUUUAACUUGCAAAUGUGCGAAAACGUAUAAAUUUAAUAAUACACGAUACAUGAAAGUGAAUACGUGUAGCCUGAAUUGAAAUCCACUUAUUGGUUCCAACAGUGUGACAUGUUCGAAAGUGUUUUUUUUUUUCUCUUUAUUUGAACUAUAUGCUGGUGAAUUUUGAAGAACUUUGCUUGCUCACCGCCUAACUUAAGGCCACUCUA